AUGGCUAUCCGUCACUGCUUCGACAAAGAUGUUGACCAGGUGCUGUUCGAAGGAAAUUCAUGUGUGAAGAAGGUGAUACUGAACAGACCACACAAGUUAAACAGCCUCACCUAUCACAUGACCUGUCAGAUGAUCAAGGAGUUGAAAGCUUACGAGGUUGAUCCUAAAGUCAAAAUUGUGAUAUUGAAGGGAAAUGGAAAGGCAUUUUGUGCUGGUGGUGAUGUCUUGGCAUCAUAUACUUGUAUGGUUGCAGGGCAUUGGAGCUAUGGGACAAAUUUUUACAAGAAACAAAUCAUGUUGGACUACUUAGUUGCAACAUAUGGAAAGCCUGUGGUUGCAAUUAUUGAUGGGAUCGUGAUGGGAGGAGGUGCUGGGCUAUCCCUGCAGGGAACUUUCAGGAUUGUCACUGAAAACACUGUGUUCGCUAUGCCAGAGACCGCAAUAGGACAUUUUACUGAUGUUGGGUCAUCAUAUUUCCUUUCCAGGCUCCCUGGAUUUUUUGGUGAAUAUUUGGGACUUACUGGAGCUAAGAUUAGAGGAGCAGAAAUGGUUGAAUGUGGCCUUGCGACUCAUUUUAUGCUCGCAAAGGAUGUCCGUUUGUUGGAAACUGCACUAGAUGAAGUAACUUCUACUGAUACGAAAACAAUUUCUGAGAUCAUCAGCAAAUUUAUGCACAAACCAAAUGUUAAACAGCAUGGUGCUUUUAGCAGACUGGAGAUCAUCAACAAAUGUUUCUCGAGAACAACAGUUGAAGAAAUACUGUCAUCACUGGAGAGUGAGGCAGAAACUAAAUCAGAAAAGUGGAUUCUUGAUGCAAUCAACUGGAUGAAGUCAGCCUGUCCAACCAGCCUCAAAAUUUCCCUUAGAUCGAUUAGAGAGGGCCGCAAGCUAGGACUUGAGCAAUGCCUCAUCCAGGAAUGUACUAUUGUUUGCCACAUUUUGAGAAGAACAGUUAGCAAUGAUUUUUAUGAGGGAAUUAGGGCCAUCUUACUGGACAAAGACAAGAAUCCCAAGUGGGAGCCUUCAAAGUUAGAGCUAGUGACCGAUGAAAUGGUGGGCCGAUAUUUCUCCAGAGUCGAUGAAGAUGACAUGGAACCCCUUCAACUUCCUACCAGAUCCAACUUGGGUGAAACCAUGAGGCCAAAACUUUGA